CCCGCCAUGUCUCUGCUGGCUACUGUACUGCUGCUCUGGGGUUUCACUCUGGACCCAGCGACUGAUGCAGCCCCCUGUACAUUCAUGGAUGCCAUGGAAAACAGUCCCUUGCCCAGGCCCUGGCUUUCCGCUGAUCCAGUGCCCUGGAUCACACCUGGCUUGAGCACAUUCCUUCUGUGCCAGGGGAGAGUUCCAGGCGUAGUAUUCCUGCUGAGGCGGGAAGGAGAUGAAGGUUUCCUGGAGGUAGCUGAAACAGAUGGCUUUCUGGAGGGAGCUGGACCCGAUGGUGCCCUGGAUGUAACUCAAGCAGGAUUCAAGGAACACGCCAUUUUUCUAGUCCACCAGCCAGGCAACUACAGCUGCAGCUAUCAAACUCAUGGAGAAUGUGCCCCCUCUAAGCCCAGUGGUAUUGUGACCAUCGAGGAGUAUGCCACACCACCACCACCCAUGCUGACUUCUUCAGAAAGUUCCACAGUGGAGCCACCCCAGAUGGCCCGUAUGAUCCUUCUCUGUGUGGCUCCUCUGAAUGACGUUGAAUUCCAACUGAGGCAGGGAAGACGUGAGAUGAAGGUCCCUAUGGUCAGCACCAGCCCAGAGGAAGUCAACUUCUAUCUGAAAUUGUCAGACAUGGGUGACCAGAGCCCUUUCACCUGCCGCUACCGUCUAAGCAAAAUGACAGCUUGGUCUGAAGAUAGUGAGCCCUUGGAGCUAAUGUGGAGUGAUGAAACACUACCAGCACCAGUGCUCACUGCAGAGCCUUCGAAAAAGAGCUUUGAGGCCGGUUCAACAGUGCAGUUCCGAUGUACCGCACCCAGUGCUGGUCUACGCUUUGGGCUGCAUAUCGAAGACUUGGAUGAGCGCAGCCUGAUCCAGAUACUGGAGUCUUCUGGUAAUGAAACUGUCUUCCAACUGAAAAAUCUCUCAACCAUAGACUCUGCCAGCUACAGCUGCAUCUACACUAAACUGGCACCGCCCUACUCAGGAUCAGCUCCCAGCGAUCUUGUGCCUCUGUUUGUGAAUGGGCCACCACCACCACCAAAGCUCCAGGCUCUGUGGACAGGUAUAGUGCCGGCUGGUUAUGAUGUUGUUGUACGCUGUCACAGUGAUGUGCCCGGGGUCACCAUGGAGCUGCUGCGUGAUGGCAAACUUGUGCCCUACAGGAUGCUCCGAGUACUGAGCACCCACAGUGACCUGGGGCUGCAUUUUGUGGGUCCCCAACAUACGGGAAACUAUACCUGCCGUUAUACUUCCUGGUGGCCUGAGCCCAUUCACUCAGAGCCCAGCAACCCCGUGGAGCUCCUAGUGCAAGAAAAUUGAUGUGGCUGCAGACACAGGACCAAAUGUUGUUCCUUGGAAAGAGCGGAAGACAGAUGGACAGAACUCCUAUUCUUUCUGCUGCAAGAUGUAUUUCCCUCAAACUCCCUCUACUUAAUAAAGGCCAAACAAAAGUUUGUUAAA